AUUGCGGAAGCGCGACUGAGCCACUGAUCCAUUCUUUCAGUGCCAUGGGACUCAGCCUGGCAGCAUCCUUCGUUUUCCUGCCCCCGGAACUUCCAGAUCAGCAGAGAGCCCAGGCAUCGAAGAACAUUGUUUGGGACCAGCGCCCUGCAAAGCUUCCUGGCGGUGGCGUUGCUCGACCCUUUCUUUGGUUCUCGGCACCCGAGGGGGCACGGAGCAAGAGGACUGUGAUCUUCUUCCAUGGCAAUGCUGAGGAUUUGCAGCUCAUAGAAGCAGACAUUGUGCAGUUCACCCAAGCGAUGAAGUGCAACGUCCUGGCGGUGGAGUAUCCCGGAUAUGGUCUUUGUCUGAAGAGCAAAGGCUGUGAGGAGGUGAGCUUUGGAGGAGUGGAUGACGUUGCGAUACAUGCGUUGUUAUUCUGUUGUCAAGUGAAAGGAAUUUAUCCUUCUCAGAUUGUUCUCCAUGGGCGCUCUCUCGGCAGUGCGCCUGUCCUCACUUUGGCGAAGCGGGCUUUUGAUAUGUUCCAGUGGGAGAUUGGUGGUAUCAUUCUUCAGUGCCCCUUCAUCAGUGUUCGACAAGUGGCAGCUGACUAUGUGGGCCUUGCAGGAAGUUUGCUCGUACCUGCAGAUUGCUACAAUAACAUGGAGACUAUGCGGCGCCUGUGCCAAUCACCUGGACGCAGCCCUGUGCCCAUCUUGAUUCUCCAUGGCCAGCUGGAUAAGGUGAUCAAGCCUUAUCAUGGCAGGACACUGCUAAAGCAGGCUCAAGACUUGGGGCAUCCCUGCAUUGAGGGCCACUUUCCGGCCAACGCCACACACAACCACUGGUCUUUACGUGAGGAUUUGGUGAAACCAAUGGAUUUGUUCAUUGAGCUUUCCACAAGUCCCACACUCCUCGGCCCAUCAUCCUCGGCAGCUUCUAUCCUCACGCCAUGACCAUCUCCGGCCGCUAAGCAUCCUUGUUUCUUCAAAAAUACAUGGAAGGCUGGAACGAGCAGGCAGGUUGGUUGGGUGACGGACCUUCCCUUCGAUGUUUCUGAGCCCCAGACCGCGAUGAGUCAAGUGCAGGAAUGCACUGGCUGCCGUCACUGGCUACGAACUUCUUUU